AUGGCAGCAAAACCAUACUCUGUGCGGUGGGGUAUCCUCGCAACAGGAGGAAUCGCAACCAGUCGGUCCCCCUUCCCCUAUCCCUCCUCUCCUCGCGCAAUAACUAACUUCCCACCCCGCCCAGCCUUCACAAAAGACCUCCUCACCAACCCCGCCACCCGCUCCGUAACAGACAUCCAGCACAUCGUCUCCGCAGCCGCCUCCUCCUCCUCCUCUUCCCGCGCCCAGGCCUUCCUGACCAGCGUCCAGGCCCCCCCAUCCGCAAAGGCCUACGGCUCCUACCACGAGCUGGCCCACGACCCCGACCUCGACAUCAUCUACAUCGCCACCCCGCACUCGCACCACUUCCAAAACGCAAUGCUCUGUCUGGAAGCCGGCAAGAACGUGCUCUGCGAGAAAUCCCUCACGGUCAACGCAGCGCAGGCGAGGAAACUAGUCGCGAAAGCAAAAGAGAAGGGCGUGUUUCUCAUGGAAGCUGUAUGGACGCGUUAUUUCCCGCUGAGCAUCAAGAUCCGGGAGAUGGUGCAGGAUGGCCGCAUUGGGAAAGUCGAGCGCGUGUUUUCGGAUCUGAGUUUCAACUCCGCUAGCGAUGAUGACAAGAGUACAGAACUUUCCUUUCCCGAUGAGAAUCGGAUGAUUAAUGUAGAUCUGGCCGGGGGCGCGUUGUUGGAUCUGGGGAUAUAUAGUCUGACGUGGCAGUUCCAGAUCCUGUAUCUAUGUGCGGAGAGGAAGGAGAGACCAAGGGUGCAGGCGGCGGUGCAGAGGUACAGGACGGGCGCGGAUGAGAUGACGAGUAUGCUGCUUAGCUGGGAGGGGAAUCGCGCGGUGGGGAUCGCGACGACGGGGUUGAGGGUCGCGACGCAACCGCACGGGGAGGGGAGUUUGGGGACGGGGCCCAGCUGUAGGAUUCAGGGGACGAAGGGGGAGAUUCAGGUGUUUGGACCGCUGUUCAGGCCGCUUCUGUAUAAGGUUGUGAAGCACGGGGAUGAGAGUGGCGAGAUUGAGGAGGUGUUUUGUCCGAUACCUAGAGAUCCGGAGAGAGAGGGGAAGGAUGGGGAGAAAGGGUGGGGUCAUGGGAUGUUUUGGGAGGCGGAUGAAGUUGCGAGAUGCUUGCGGGAUGGAAAGGUGCAGAGUGAGAUUUUGACGUGGGACGAGAGUUUAGUGAUUAUGGAAGUCAUGGAUGAGGUGAGGAGGCAGGGUGGGGUUGUCUAUCCAAAGGAGAUUGAGAGUGAUGUUUAUGAUGAGAAGAGUCCACUUAACGGCAAGUCCUAG